CGGAGUCGCCGGACGCGCGGACGCGGUGGGUGAAUCCUUCCUAACCUAACCUAACCUUCGUGAACCUUCGUCACAUCAUCACGAUGAUCACGAUCUUGUUUGGCGAAUAGUCGAGUAUACGAGGAUAUGGAGAGGGGAGCAGUGAGCAGUACGCACUACGCAACAGCGGAACGGAGUUAUCUUGACUCGCGGAGAUUCGAAAAACAAAUAAGCCUGUAGCCUGUAGCCAGUACGUUACCGAACGAAGCUCCUCGUGGAGCGAUAUUUUGUGCCACCGAAGGAACAGACGUAUGUGAAGGCAGAAGAACGCGAAUCUUUCGGCUGUCAUAAUACUGGAACAAAACUAUAUGGAUUGCUGUUUUGCCAAUCAAUAUGAGAGCUCCCAAAUUACGGAGACAUUCCCAAAUGUCUCUAGUCCAGAAAUGUUUGACAGUGACACCGAAAGUGAUACAGAUAACAGAAAUAUUGACACGCUAGCUGACAAUGGUAGAUUGACGGUGAUGGCGCCUCGAGAACCAACUCGGGCUGAAUUGAUCGCAAAAUCGGAUAGUUACAUGCUGGUUAGAAUUAACAAGUAUUUGAGCGGUGUCCCACCUCCGCCAAGACAUACGACGUGUCAGAGCGAUUGUUCUGAUUUUUUGCAACACAUUUAUGAAAAUCGUCAAUUAUUCUGUAACGGAUAUCCAUUGUCCAAUGGAGAUUCAGAAUCUACGGAAAGCACAAAACCCGAGGAGCAGAGAACCACAGAAACUAACGAUAGGAAUGUUUCUUAUCAAUGCACAAAAGGCACUCCGCGGAAUUUGACAAAUGCCUUUGACGCUUGUGAUUUGCCAGCUAAUAGUACAGAAGCCACCAAAUCAGGCUUAACCAAGAAUGAUAGCCCAAACUCGAAUGUACAACACGGUGUUUCUAAGGAGAUAAAGAAUUCAGUUAAUACGAUUGAAGCAACAGUCCAAGUUCCACCAGUUGGAGACAAUGCAGACGUAUCUCACGAGCAAUCUCCUCUUCUUUAUCAAACGAUUGACGAAAAAGAGGUUAAAGCUUUAACGUGGCCUCAGGCUUACUCGCACAAGUUCCAUGGCAUACAUUAUAACAGAAGCAGAACUGUAGAAGAGUUUGAAAACUUAACGGUUAAAUUAUGUGAAAGGUACAUAGGAGCUGAGACGCAAUCUACUUGUAAUAUAUGGUUUUCGAAACAGCCACCGGGAAGUGCGAGAAAGCGAAGUUUAUUGAUAAAACGCGGAAACGGUCAAAGUCCAGAGAAGAGAUUGACGCACUUAGCCAAAAGACGUAGGACUUUUUGCAGCGCUAAUUUGCAAGGAUUGGGACUUGCUGAUAAAAGGCAGUUAAUGAUACCAAUUAAGAAACUUACACAUAAAAAAGGAAAAAGUCCAAGAGGUAAAAGUUUACGUGGUAAAAGUCCAAGAGGUAAGAGUCCUCGAGGUAAAAGCCCAAGGAGUUCAGCAAAAAAGAAAGUCGUUCGAAGAUUAAUGUUAGAUGAGUCAAGUCCGUAUAAAUCCAAAUUAGAAACUUCGAAACGUGCGUUAUUUCAAAGCCCCCCAUCAGAUCAUCCUGGCCCUAGCAACGUAUUCGGUACAAAUAACACAGAUCCUCAAAAAAUUAAACGCGUUUUAUUUACAACGCCGAAAAAGAACGAAUCUGAAGAUGCGAAACGAACGUCUUUAAGAGAAGAAAGUAGAAAAAGAAAGUGCGAGGAAGAAUUACAAGGGCCACGAUUAAAAUGGGCGAAAAGUUUAUCAUUUGACUGCACGCACGAAUUAAAGAAUACCUCAAAGGUUAUAUGGGAUAGACAUUCAUCGAGUAGUAUUCUCUCGAAAAAUGAAACGUCUUUCAGUCAAGGAAAGAAUGAACUGAGCAAUACUCAUAAAAAGAAAUUACUUUGGGCGGUUGCGGAGGCCCUGCGAAGCAAAGGAAUUGGCAUGAGUCACCCGAAAUUUAAACAAUACGCCGCAAACUUGGCACGCACAAUAAAAAAAUUUAUGCCUGAUCUUGAAAAUCGAAAUAUUCCGCGGAAACCGGGAAGUACGAGUGAUCGCAUGUUAAAACUAGCCAAGCAUCACGUACUGUUUCUUGUCGAUACCAGGCCAAUAGAUUGACAGUACUCGUUAGUACAAUUAAUAGUAAAAUUCAUCAAGUUGCAUAAAAAAUUUGCUUUUUGGCAAACAGGACAUUUAAAAUGACCAAAUAUAUAGGUGCUUGUACCUUUAGCCGACAUGUGUUUACACUAUAACUUUUAUAUAACUUAAUAA